AUGGAAGUGGCCGACGAUGAAAUUAACUCCGGCGCGCCACCCUUUGUGCCUCCGUCAUGGGUUUCCCUUUCCCCAUUCCCUCUUCAAGUCCAUCCAUCGCCUCGCCGCCUCUCCAGCCACUUUACCCCUCCGACCCGACCCGUACGAGCAGCGAGACAGCUGGCAUGGGUAUCGUUACAGGGUAGGAUUGUUGGAGCCGAAGAAGCGACCUCAGCCAAAGCUAUCGGCGGCGGAUUGACUCCUGAAGAAGCCGUUACUUGGGAGUUCUUCAGUCCCAUGCACCGGAUUUUGAUCGUCGCCAUCCUUGCAGCUGCGGCUGCAAAUUCGAAGAAGAAUAAGCUGAUUGUGCAACUGAAAAAUUCAAUUGAAAUAAGGGAUCAGGUGCUUUUAGGCAUGCAGCAAAAGCUUGAUAGCCUAUGUGAGGAGGUGAACUAUUUCAAGGAUAAGCCUGAUACCACAUCCUAUGAUUUUGAUGUUUCUGGUUGUGGAUGCCGGCAUUGUGAUCAUCAUCAACUUCCGGCGAAAUAUAUAGAAGGGGAUUCUACUACACAAGCUGUUGAUGAGGAUGAUAUGAUGAAGUUUAAAAUGGCUAAUGAUGUCGAACAAGAAGAGCGCCGCUUUUCUGAUUUGUCAGAUUGGGCUCCCAGUGUCAGCUCCUCGAUAGAUGUUCAGUGGAACACUUCAGUUGAACAAGAUAUUGGCAAGCUCCAGAAGGAAUGUGAAGAUAAAGAUGCCAUAAUCAAAGAGUUGUCAGCUUUUCUCAAUUCAGCUGAAUCUCUUAAUUCAAAGAGAAUUGCAGAACUGGAAGACAUUAUCCGUCGAAAAAAUACAAUGAUCACAAAGCUUAGGAAGGACAUGCUGGUUCUUGAACAGAAGGUGAUUCAACUCACAAGACUCAGAAGGCCAUCAUCCUCCAAAUCAAGUUCUAGCUCAAAGAAACUUCCUGCCAUGGCGGACAAUCUAAUAUAUGACAUGGAUAGCACAACCAGCCCGUCUGAUGAUUCAGAUUCAUCGGCCAAUAGGAAACAUCGGACUCCAUCAAUGAAUUACAUUAACAAGAAUGAAGCACUACCUUCUGUGAAGAACAACAAGAAAGAGCAUCCUGCUGCUAUACUGAAUAGACAAAAACCAUCUUCGGCCCGUUGCUAUGAUGUUACGGCUAAAUCAAACGAACAAACUAUGAGCCCGCUCAAAGAGAGGUCGGUAAAUCAACAAGUGGGUUCGGUUGGGUUGUCGAAGUCAAAGGGGUCAAGGUCUGGUUCUGGAGAUUGCAAGAGUAGAUAUGGAGGUACAGGUUCGAGCUUAAACAAGUCUAGAGUUUCAGGUUCAGGGGCACAUAAGAGAUGGUCUUAA